GAUAAAAUUAGUGCGGCGAAUUGUACAUUUGGAGGCGUAGCACAAAUGCUCCCAAAGUGGAGAUACUGUGUGCGUUUUUGUGCCAACAGACGUGUUUUUAAUCCGCCUCGUACUUUGAGGUGAUGUUGCGGGGAUUUAGGGGUUAAGGGAGGGUGUUCGACUUGCUAAUACCCAUAUCUGCCACAUGGGGGGUGUGGGGGGCACUGGAGGAGAUUCCCCUGCUGUCUACCCAUCUUGAGCCUCCCUGACUGAUUGCGGUUAGAUUGUAGUCAGCGUCCGUCGCAGUGGUGGAGGAGGUCAAACAGUCCAGCCAGCAGCCCGCUCAGAACAGGCAGGAGCCAGCCGAACAUUGUGCUCAGCGACACACGCACUUAACGACUGCAACUUUUCUCUGCACUUCUUCCCAAUCAAUAAAACAUCAUGGGGAAAGGAUGUGUGACGGCGACCAAGUACUUCCUGUUCAUCUUUAACCUCAUCUUCUUUCUUCUGGGUGGCGUCAUCAUGGGCUUUGGAUUGUGGCUCCUCCUGGACAAUCAGAGCUUCAUAGUUGUGCUCAAUGACUCCAUAGCUGUCAAGGCCGCGUGCUACAUCCUAAUUGGAGUUGGCACUUUCGCCAUGCUUUUGGGCUUCCUCGGCUGCUUGGGAGCUAUUUAUGAGAUCCGCUGUCUGCUUGGUCUAGUGAGUGAAUUUGAAAAAUUAGAACAAUCCCAUAGUGUUGUGUACUUCACCUGCCUCCUGUUGAUCCUCAUUGCUGAGAUUGUAGCUGGCGCCCUCAUCUACUUCCAGAAGGACGUGUUAAAUGAAGAGAUGUCUAAGAUUGUAUCCAAGGUCUUGGACAACUAUCCAGGCAACUACUCGACCACAGCACAAGCGUGGGACUUCAUUCAGAGAAAUAUGGAAUGCUGCGGCUGGACCGGUCAAAGCGAUUGGAACGGAAACAUGGUGAUCAUCAACAGUUCUCAACUUCUGUUUCCCUGCUCGUGCUACAACAUCUCCCUCGCAACUGGAAACGUCUCAGAGAGCGGCUUCUGCGAGGCUCAGACACCAGAAUGGCCCGUAUACGACACGGGUUGUGCUCUCAACGUGGAGAGCUGGCUCCUCACCAACAUCGGGGUUGUUCUGGGAAUCUGCAUCGCAAUCGCUUUGAUUGAGCUGCUGGGGAUGGUUCUGGCCAUCUGGUUGUGCAAGAACAUUCACAGGGAGGACUACACCAAAGUGCCAAAGUAUUAAGUUCACCACACCGAGUUUGGCUUGAACUGAAGCUAAUAAGGCAUUUUUCCACUUAAUUUUCGGUUAAAUGUUUUGUCCAAAUGUAAACCUAUGUGUUAGCUUUACAUUUAGUUGAUAACCUCUUUUGAGGUAGUUUUUUUCUCAGACCAGUCUUGCUCGAAGCACUUUAAAAAGGUUUUGAAACUUUUGAUCCAAAAGUGAUGUUGCAAAUGUUUUGACUGGUUUAGAGGAACCUGCAGGAGUUGGGGAGGGUGGGUGUGGGGUGAAGAAGGAGGGGUGACAUUUCAGAAAUAUGUGGUCCUGUAUUAGUUUUUACAUUCUUAAGGUUUUAGUUUUUCCCUGAGAUUCUGCGAACAAUUUACACAGCUGUCAAAUCCCCCAAUUCUGGUGAGUUUUUUUUAAAAAGAUAGUUAUUCUAGCAUUAUAUAUGAUUUCAUGACUUUGUAUAUAAUUUCAUUUAUUAUUUCUGCAAACCUGACCCUAAAGUACUUCCAUGUUUAUCAAUGCAAGCUGGUUGCUCAUUGUACUUUCAAAACUGUUUUCCUACUCUUAUUGUAUAACUUAUUGGCUAUAACAGAAGCAAUUUAAUGUUAAAGAAAAACUUUUGGAAUCGAUUUCCAAUGUGGGUGAGCAGGAACAUAAAGGUCAUGCACAGACAUGUUUACUUUAAAAUGUUGGGAAACAAAGUGCCAAGUGGGCUAAAUUGAUUUGUUUUUUUAAAACACAUUUUACGUUUUUUUAUUCUAUAAUUCUUUUGUAAUCCAAUUUCAACUUUUACCUGAGAAAAUUUGGUACUUUUCUUAUGUAUAAAUUUGUUGUCCAUUCUGUACAGUGAGUAUAAAAAACACCCUACAUUAACCCUUUAAUGGUGUUCUUAAAGGUAUGACUUUUUUGUAACAAUGUAUCGUAGACAGACUGGGAAAGAAGAUGGCUUAGUAAUUUUCGAACUCACAACAUUAAUUCUAUUCUGUUUCCCUUGCCAAUAAAGUCAUUACAAUUGGAUGAAGCCGAACAGCCCGAUACUCUGUAACAUGUCCAACAUAACCCAUAGACAGUUUUCCUGCGACUUGACAUGCUGCCAUCUUGGGGCAUUGUUUUCUAAGUUUAUUGUUUUGUUCUGUGCUUAUUGAGUGUUUGAAUAAAGAAUUCUCCUGAUCUCAA